AAUCCCCGGCUGUGACAAUUGUAUUUAUGUAAAAACUAUAUUUUUAUUAUCUGUAAUCUCUCUCUUAAACUUUAAGCUUCCUAGAAAAUGGGCAACUCCUGCUUUGAUUUAAGUAGAUGCUCACUAUUUACUGGCUGAUGCUUACUGGACUAAUGACUAAUAAUGCUAUGGGGGCACCAAGAAGUAUCAAAGUGUGAGUUCAGGAUACAGUUCAAAUCUAGGUUCUACAGUUCAAAUCUAGGUUCUACAGUUCAAAUCUAGGUUCUACAGUUCAAAUAUAGCAGCUCUCUGCCUUCAGCAAGUUACCUAGUUUGUCUUUUCUAGCCUCAGUUUUCUCAUCUCUGUACUGGGGUUAAUCAUCCCCACCUCCCAGACUGUGAGGAUCAAGGAUUUUUUAAAAAGGUUUAACACAUUCACCAUGGGGUGAUAAUUCAUAUAUCCCCCUGCCAGAUGGCUUUGAUUUGAAUUCCAUCAUCUGAUGUUAAAUAGCUAACUGCCGGUAGUUCUAGCCCCCGAUAGUGCAGUCAUGAAUGUACUACCAGUGGUUCAAGGUACCUGAUGGGACAGUCAUGCAUAUGUCACCAGUAGUUCAAGCUGGUGGGAACGUGUUAUACAGUGACCCCCAAAGUAUUCAGUACAUUCAGUUUUAUUGCUUUUGUUUUUUUAAGAAGCUCAUCACAUCAUAAAAUAUUUUCCUAGAUAAUAAAACCAAGUGACAAAUGAAGAGAACUGUUUCUCUCCUCUCCAUUCUUUUUCUUCACUUGGAGCCAGUCUGCACAAAUGAAGGAGGCUGGGCUUCCCAAAAUAAGGCUGGUAACGCUGUUGACUCCUUUCUGACUCCUGCUCACUUCAGCUUGUCAGACAGUGUCAGAGUGCCUCCAGAUUCCCCGGCCAGGCCCAGGAGGAGUCCUAGCCCACCUUUGGAAGUUCACACCGACCCUGUCUUCAUUCAGCCUUGCCCCAACCUGUCUCCCUGACUAAUCCAAGUAAAAAGAAAGCACAGUGAUUGCUUUGCAGCUGAUUUCACUUGGUCGCUUUUGAGGGAUUCUUCAGCCCCACCUCUCAUCCUUAAAGAGCCAACAGGGUUGAUUAAGCUCCAACCAAGAGAUUCAGACCUAUGCCAUUGCACUGAUCAACGCACUCUUUCUGAAGGCUCCUGAGGACAAGCGACAGGACAAGCAUCUUAAUCCUCUAGACCUGCCUGUCACUGAUAUGGCCAAUGCCUUCGCGCAGAAGCACCUUCGAUCCAUAAUCCUGAAUCAUGUGAUCCGAGGGAAUCGCCCAAUCAAAACUGAGAUGGCCCAUCAGCUCUAUGUCCUUCAGGUCCUGACUUUUAACCUUCUGGAAGAAAGGAUGAUGACCAAGAUGGACCCCAAUGAUCAGGCUCAGAGAGACAUUAUAUUUGAACUGAGGAGAAUUGCAUUUGAUGCAGAGUCUGACUCUAGCAAUGUCCCUGGGAGUGGGACUGAAAAACGCAAAGCCAUGUAUACCAAGGACUACAAAAUGCUGGGAUUUACUAACCACAUCAACCCAGCCUUGGACUUCACCCAGACUCCUCCUGGAAUGCUGGCCUUGGACAACAUGCUGUACUUGGCUAAAGUCCACCAGGACACCUAUAUCCGGAUUGUCUUGGAGAACAGCAGCCGAGAAGACAAACACGAAUGUCCCUUUGGCCGAAGUGCCAUCGAGCUCACCAAAAUGCUCUGUGAAAUCUUGCAGGUUGGGGAACUCCCAAAUGAAGGGCGCAAUGACUACCACCCGAUGUUCUUUACCCAUGAUCGAGCAUUUGAAGAGCUCUUUGGAAUCUGCAUCCAGCUGCUGAACAAGACCUGGAAGGAGAUGAGGGCAACAGCAGAGGACUUCAACAAGGUUAUGCAAGUAGUCCGAGAGCAAAUCACUCGAGCUUUGCCCUCCAAACCCAACUCUUUGGACCAGUUCAAAAGCAAACUACGUAGCCUGAGCUACUCUGAGAUUCUGCGACUGCGCCAGUCAGAGAGGAUGAGUCAGGAUGAUUUCCAGUCCCCACCAAUUGUGGAGCUGAGGGAGAAGAUCCAGCCUGAGAUCCUUGAGCUAAUCAAACAGCAGCGCCUGAACCGGCUCUGUGAGGGCAGCAGCUUCCGCAAGAUCGGGAAUCGCCGGAGGCAAGAACGGUUCUGGUACUGCCGAUUGGCGCUGAACCACAAGGUCCUGCACUAUGGUGACUUGGAUGACAACCCUCAAGGGGAGGUGACAUUCGAAUCCCUGCAGGAGAAAAUCCCUGUUGCAGAUAUCAAGGCCAUUGUCACUGGGAAAGAUUGUCCUCACAUGAAAGAGAAGAGUGCUCUGAAACAGAACAAGGAGGUGUUAGAAUUGGCCUUCUCCAUCCUGUAUGACCCCGAUGAGACCUUAAACUUCAUCGCUCCCAAUAAGUAUGAGUACUGCAUCUGGAUCGAUGGCCUCAGUGCCCUUCUCGGGAAGGACAUGUCCAGUGAGCUGACCAAGAGUGACCUGGACACACUGCUGAGCAUGGAGAUGAAGCUGCGGCUCCUGGACCUGGAAAAUAUCCAGAUUCCCGAAGCACCACCACCUGUGCCCAAGGAGCCCAGCAGUUACGACUUCGUGUAUCACUAUGGCUGAGCCUGGAGCCAGAGACCACAGUAUCCAGGAAGCGAUUGGGGCCUAGGAGUGACACUCAUAGUCUGGUGCCUUGUCAUUUGCUUGUACAGAAUCUGCAGUGAUCGUGGUGGCCAGUGACCACCAGCCACUCUUCAAACCCAGCAGCAUUCCUCUUGGACCCUGUCCACUAGGAGUCAUGAAGGCAGGGUACUCUGCCCUCUGUCACCGUGGAGCCUGGGAUGGGGCCAUGAGAAAUGAACAGCAGGUGCCCUUGCCUUCCAGGCCCCAAACUGCAAUUUGAACUGGAUUUAACAGCAGUCAUCUUCCUUCUCUUCCUGAGCCCGCUCUCUGGUUGGCUGGACCUCGUGUGAGCCAGAACUGGCCCAGGAAAGGCUGCCUGCAGAGGACCAGCGUGCUGGGCGUGUUGAGAGCCUUGGAGUGACUGCCUUUGGGUGGCUCAUGCCUGUGGCUCAGAUCUGAGUGCAGGCCUUGGGCCUUUGCUUUUGUCUUCUUCCUGAGGGCUCUCUCUAGCCUCAUCUGGUGCCAAGAUGUUGCUGCUCCUGAGUUUCGGCUUUAACAUCUCUGGUCCCUAGAGCUAUCAGCUCUUUUCUUGCUCGUGCAGGUAUCGGGGCAGUUGGAAUGUUCUCCUUACAAUCUCUCCAUCUCAUGCUGGCCAGGCAGAGACCUACAGGCUAAAUCCUGUCCUCUUAGUCUCUAGGAACGGUACAGGAAAAGCCCAGCUGAGACCAGGGCUAGACUGUGGUGAGGUCACUAGAUUCCAGCCCCAACCCACAUUUAUAUCUUUUCCUUCCUAGGGGAGUAAUCUCCCACUAACCUGAACUGCAGCCCUCUCUGGGCUGCUUCCCUUUGGCCUUCCAGACUCUAGGAAGUUUGCCUUCCCUUCCUCUCCUUUCUAGUGCUGUGGUUUCUGCCACUGGCUGUGAUUUCAGGGAGCUGGGUGAGGCCAGCUGAGGCCACACCUGUGCCAUGGGGCUUCCCCAGUGCUGCAGCACUUGAACCACACGCACAGCCUCUCUCCUUGUACAUAUGUUAACACAGUGGCAUUCAGUAUUUGUAGCCUGGCAUGGUAGGUACUACCCAAUGAAGAGUGUAGUAUAUAUUUUCUUUACUAUACGCCAUACUUAUACAGACGUGUAUAUAUAUUUAUAUAACAUCUACCUAUCCUAAAAUGGAAUGUUUGGGGGGGGGGGGGGGGGAUGCUCACAAUCGUGAGCCAACAGUGUAACCAGAAAGCAGCAGGAGCUUCCUGUCAGUAACCAUGUUUCAGUAAACACUCUUUCCUGUA